CCAGUUCUUUCCUCCCUCCGCCAUCUUCACCUCCCCCAACGUCGCGCGCAGGCGCAGCCCUCCCCUUCGUUUUCUAUAAUUUCGAGCCCACGGGUCCCCCCACUCGCCGCGAUGUCCCCUUCAAUGGAGUCGACAUCGACGAGGCAGCAUAUGAGGCCGAGUCGAGAAACUUCGACCGCGAGCCUCAUACCUCCCAACGCGCAGUUCUCGCAACGACCAACAUCCAUCAGCUCGUUCAACAGCGUGGCAAAUCUAGACCAUGCCUACCAGAUUGCCGGCACCGUCCGCUCAACACCCAGCGCAGCUUCCCUCGCGAAGCUCAACGCGUUUACCCUGUCCCCCGACCCCUCGCAAUGGGGCUCGCGCGUCGCCAUGCACGAGACCGAGCCGGAUGACGACCUCCACAACCCAGACCCCGGACGCGACCGCCAUACCGACCUGCGCUGGGGCAUGAUCACUAAACGAGGGCUCGCGAACAUCGGCUGUCUGGCAAUCCUCCUGGCCGCGAUAAUGACGCUGUUCGCCGGCUACCCCAUCAUUUCCUACGUCCGGUCGCACACGCAGUCGACGAACGGCGGCUUUAAUCUGGGUGGCGUGAAUGCGUCAGGCCAGAUCCCCGAGAUGACAGGCAAUUUCGGGCUGAUCGACAACGACACACCGGACGACGUGAAGACGAAGACCGGGUACACGUACGGCGAAACCUAUGAAUUGGUGUUCAGCGACGAGUUCAACCAGGACGGACGUACCUUCUACCCCGGUGAUGACCCAUAUUGGGAGGCCGUCGACUUGCACUACUGGGUCACGAACAACAUGGAGUGGUAUGACCCCGAGGCGGUCACGACAUCCGAUGGCUCGCUCGUCAUUACCCUUUCGAAGAAGGAGACGCACGAUUUGGAUUAUCAGGGUGGGAUGUUGUCGACGUGGAAUAAGUUCUGCUUCACGGGUGGCAUUCUUGAGGCGUCCGUGUCGUUGCCAGGCUACAAUAAUAUCCUUGGGUUGUGGCCGGCUGUUUGGGCUAUGGGGAAUCUUGGACGUGCGGGCUAUGGUGCGACGCUGGACGGCAUGUGGCCGUACACCUACGACGCCUGCGACGUCGGGACCGUGGAAAAUCAGACAGUCAAUGGCGAGCCGUACGCCGCCACUGUCAACGGUGACGAGGACUACGGCGGCGUCCUGUCCUACCUGCCCGGCCAGCGACUCUCCCGCUGCACCUGCGACGGCGAGGACCACCCCGGCCCAAAGCACAGCGACGGCACCUACGUCGGUCGCUCCGCGCCCGAAAUUGACGUCUUUGAGGCGCAGAUCACCGACGACACCGGCUACGUCUCGCAGUCCGCGCAGUGGGCGCCGUUCAACGAGGCGUACGUGUGGAAGAACACGAGCGACAACUUCAUCAUCUACGACGAGAGCGUGAGCUCGUUGAACAGUUAUAUUGGUGGGAGGUACCAGCAGGCGACGUCGGUGGUGUCGAUGACGGAUCAGAAUUGCUACACGAAUGAGACGGGGUGCUUUUCGGUGUAUGCGUUCGAGUAUAAGCCGGGCUUUGAUGAUGGGUAUAUCACCUGGGUAAACAAUGGCGCGGCGGCUUGGACGAUCAAGGCGGCAGGUAUGGGAGCGGACGAUGCUGUUGAGAUUUCGGCUCGUCCAGUACCGCAGGAGCCCAUGUAUUUGAUUGCCAACUUGGGUAUGAGUACGAACUUCGGCUACGUCGAUGAGGACCACCUACCGUUCCCGACUAGCAUGUACAUCGACUGGAUACGGGUUUACCAGAGAUCGGACUCUAUCAACAUUGGCUGCGAUCCUGAUGACUUCCCGACCGCAUCCUACAUUGAGAAGUACAGCGAGGCGUACAACAACCCGAAUCUCACGACGUGGGUGGACGACUAUGGACAGACGAUACCGAAGAACAGUUUCCUUGGGGAGUGCUAGGUGUAUACCACGGGACGAUAGAGGGUGUCCCCGUGGCGCGUCGAGUGUCUCGCGCCGCCUAAUCUUGUGUAUUGCGGUAUACGGACUGUCGCUUGAACUAGACCCAGAUAGCGUAUGUAUACUGACUGUAGCCUGUACUAACACCUUUGGCUAUCGUUGCGGCGGAUUCUUCGGGAGAAGCAGGCUGGCGAUUGAAGAGGUAGGAAGUACGAGGUGGGGCGUGUUCGGAUUUAGUCGCGAGCAUGAGGCUCGCAUCGGGUGGUCGGGCCGGGUGGG